AUGCCCGACACAAAAGCCAUAGUGUUUGGUCUGGUCCUCGGCGUCUCCCUCUCCGUCGCUUCUCUCGUCGCCGUCAUCCUCAGCAACGAACCAGCCUCCGCCUCCGCCAAGGCUUUCCUUCUGGGCGACAAGCACAGGAACAAGCACCGCAAGCGGAACAACCGCCAUCAGCACCAUGACCGCCACUCUCAGCAACCAAGAGCGUUGGACGACGACGACGAGUGCCAGGACGGCGGCCGUGCCCAGGCGAGGGAGCUGAGCGCCCGAUGUGGCGAUGGCGUUGCCAGCUUGAUUGGAAAUACGCCGUUGUUCCGCAUACAGAGUCUAUCGGACGCCACAGGGUGCGAGAUUAUGGCGAAAGCGGAGUUUCUGAACGUUGGAGGCAGCACGAAGGAUCGCGUAGCGCUGAGUAUCAUCACUGAGGCAGAGAAACGGGGCUUGAUAGUGCCACAUAGGGGUGACACGAUUUUUGAAGGCACCGUCGGCAGCACGGGCAUAUCCUUGGCCGUCAUCGCCAAGGCAAAGGGAUACAAUUGCCACAUCGUCAUGCCGGACGACAUUGCAAAGGAAAAGUACGAACUGUUGGAGAAGUUGGGUGCCGUGGUGGAGAAGGUCCGGCAGGUGCCCAUCGUUCACAAGGACCAUUUCGUGAAUGUCGCCAAGCGGCGCGCGGCAGAGAUGAACGCGAGGGCUGACGAGAUGGAUACCCAACGACGAGGACGACGUUUCUUUGCCGACCAGUUUGAGAACCUGUCCAACUUCAACAUUCACUACCGGACGACGGGCCCGGAGAUUUACGCACAGACAGGUGGUUCGCUCGAUGCCGUUGUCCUAGGGGCCGGGACAGGUGGAACACUAGCUGGAAUCACGCACUACCUCAAACCCCUACUCCCCGACAUGCUAGCAGUGCUCGCCGACCCGCAUGGGUCCGGGCUCUACCACAAAGUGAAGCACGGCAUCAUGUACUCCCCCACCGAAGCCGAAGGCACGCGCAAACGCCACCAAGUAGACACCGUCGUCGAAGGCGUUGGGAUCAACCGGCUCACCAAAAACUUUCAAAAAGUCGCCGAUGGCUGGCUGGACGAGGCUGUGAAAGUCUCCGACCGCGAAGCCGUCGAGAUGGCCCGCUACCUCGUCCGUAACGACGGCCUGUUUGUCGGAUCCUCCUCUGCUGUCAACUGCGUUGCUGCCGUCCGGGUCGCACGCCAGCUGGGGCCGGGACAUACUAUCGUCACUAUGAUCAACGACCAUGGGACACGCCAUCUUACAAAAUUCUGGAACGAUGAAUACAUCGCCAACGCUGGGCUAACCCCGCAUGCCACUGGUCUCGAAUUCCUCGACGAGCCACAUCCCUACGCGGCCGCGUCAUCCCUCGCCUCCUCCCGCUCAUCCUCAACCUCAAACCUAAACACAGUCUCAAACGUUGACCAAACCCCCCCACCCACCAGCGGCAUCCCCUCCCUUCUCGAAACCGAACAAGCAGCCUUCCUAGCCCUCUCCAAACCCCCCAACAACACUGCUUCCAUUAUCAACACUCUCGCCUCCGCUCCAUCGUCCGUCUACGCGUGGUCACGCACGCGGUUCCAGAAAGCUGCUGUGAACUUUAUACGCAACUCCGGGCCGAUACCGCAACAUGUCGGGUUUAUUAUGGAUGGGAAUAGGCGGUAUGCGAAGAAGGUGGGCGCAAGGCCGGGGGUAGGGCAUGUUGCGGGGAGUCGGAAGCUUGAGGAGGUAAGGCGUCACAUCAGGUCACCGUUAACACACCCACGGUGA